AUGCCUCAGGCCGCGAGGCUCUCAGGCUUCAAGCUCAGGAAGCAGAGGGACUACGCCGAGGUGGACCAGCCGACGCUCGCAGCGAAGAGGAGGAAGGAGGAUACGACGGUAGUGCUCGGGACCAGAUCGCCUAUAGCGGCUGCACCCUCCCCUGCAGGCAAGGGUAGUGGCAGUGCUCGCACUUCCCCGGCCCGAUCGUCCUCACGAGACUUGGGGGAGCGUCUUCCGGAGGAGGCAGCCCCCAAGGCCACACUGGCACCAGAGGCGCCGGCGUCCGGCUUGGCUGCUGAGGUCCCCAAAGCUCAGGAGCCCUCAGCCUCCCAGGCCAUCGUGACGACGUUGCCUCAUCCUUCCUCCGCCGCUCCGCUGACCCCGGAUCCUUCCGCCUCCCCCGACAUCCUGGAGCGCGCUCUUUCUGCACUGACCUUGCUGCGGGAGGACCUUCAAGGCACCGACCGUCGCCGGUGGCUGGGAGCCUGGAGCUGA